UCCAUUUGUCCUGUUGCUACAAUCGGGAUGGAAUCUGAGCCCGGAGCUCGAGCGGAAUCCCCCUUUCUUCCCCGCCCCGGAGGAGCUGCAAACACACCGCAGUCCAAUGCACAAUCCCUCCGUCACAUCGUACCGUUUCGGAUGGCGAUCUUUAAGACUAUUUCGCGUGUGUGUUUGUGUGUGUAUAUACCUACAGCGUAUACUGCGUGCAAGGACUAACAAGAGCCCCAUCCCGUUCGCUUUCCUUUUUUUUUGCUUGUAACUCCCCUCUCUGCUCCAACGUGGUAACCCGGGUGUUUCCGAACAGCCUGUAUUUCAGCGGAACGAGUAUGCUGGAUUAGUGUUUGAAUAGUCACUGCUUGAUAUCGCUGUUAGUAUUCCGUUGUAAGAACGAUUCGAAACUUUGGGGCAUGUCCAGAAAGUUUUGCUGCUUCACCAAAUGAAUAAUAGGUUCGCGAAGCUGGCUCAACCUAUCAGAAUUCACGCUUCUGGGACACACACGCACUCCCUGCCGUUGUAAUGCCCUGUUAUUGUUUACAAUUACUACUUGGAUGAAUGUGGAAGCGCCACAUUUUGUAUGCUGAUGUCAGUGUUGAAGCCACAAAGUUACUUGGAACUGGCAAAAGACACAUGGUGAUGGAAGACUUUGUAGCAGCAGUCAAUACCUUUCAAGAUGCAUGCAGGCUAUUGAGUGAAAGACAUGGAGAAAUGGCUGAUGAAUGUGGAGAAGCUUAUUUCUGCUAUGGAAAAGCCCUUCUGGAGUUGGCAAGAAUUGAGCGUGGCGUUCUUGGUAAUGCUCUUCAAGGAGUUCCUGAAGAUGAUGAUGAAGAAACAGCAGCAGCAGAUGCGGACUCCAGAGUAGAAAAUGCAGAGAAUGUAGCUGAUGCCUCUGGUGCUGCUGAUGCAAGUGGUGAUGACGAUGAAAAUGAAGAGACUGGUGAAGGAAAGGAUACUGAAAGUGAGGAAGUUGAUAAUUUGCAGCUGGCCUGGGAAAUGCUUGAAUUGGCAAAAGUGAUCUUCAAAAGGCAAGAAAGUAAAGAAAUACAACUCUGUGCAGCACAGGCUUAUCUGAAACUGGGAGAAGUUGGAAUAGAAUCUGAGAACUACAUUCAGGCUAUUGAAGAUUUCCACGAAUGUCUGACCAUUCAGGAAAAACACCUCGAGGCACAUAACCGACUGUUGGCAGAAACCCAUUAUCAGUUGGGGCUGGCUUACAGUUUGAGUAAUCAGUAUGAUUUCUCUCUAAAACAUUUCAAGGAAUCCUUUAAUGUCAUUGAGAAAAGGUUAGCCAUGUUAACAGAGAGAAUUGAGAAAGCAGAAGAGAAAGGCAAAUCUCCAGCAAAAGACUCUGAUGCUCUUUCUGAAGAUAAGCAGGAGGUUGAGGAACUUAAAGAGCUGUUGCCAGAGAUAAAAGCAAAAAUUGAAGAUUCAGAAGAAUCCAAAGAUGAUGGAAGUGCAAAUAAAGCCCUUCAGGAAACGUUGUCUAGACCACCUGCCUUUUCAGGGUUUGAAACCCACAGUCUUACAAGCACUGUACCAACAUUAGCUGUACAGACUGGAAAAGUAAUGGGUGAAGCUUCUACCUCCAGCUCAAACUGUGUGUCUAACAUCAGUCAUUUAGUAAGGAAAAAAUCUUCAUUACAGAGGAAACCUGAAGAUUGUGAGAAUGAUAAUAAAGAGCCUAAAAAAGCCAAGCAGGAGGAGUCUGCUAUGAAUGGUGGAUGUGGAGAUACUGCUCAUGAUAGGAAUGGAGUUCCUGAGAAAAUGGAAUCUGAAGAAUUUGUUUCCUCGAAGUCUGAACCGGAAGCUCAGAGCUAGUUAACAGACAUUCAGAUGGCCAGCAACAUUUUUUGCCCACACCAGAUCUUUUUUGUACAUAAUGUAUUUUUGAUUGGCUUUUUUGAACUGUUUUUGUAACACUGUGGAAAUAUUCAAUAAAGAUGUAAUUUGCAAUCAUGAGUCCUAAGACCAUUUAACAACUCUGCACAUACUGAUUUUUGUUGAAUAGUUUCAGUACUUGUAUGUUGGAUCACCAUACACACUUCGUAGUCACUUGCAUGUUUUAUGAUUUAGUUAUACACUACACAAAUGUUUUUGACAAUUUUUAAACUGUUUGAGUAAAUAAUAGCCUUGUGACUGGGUUGUCCAUUCUGUGACCAGAAUUCAUCUAAAGUUGGUGUUGUUUAGUUCCAUUUCUAUUUGGCAAUUUCAAUUUAUUAGAAUUAACUCCAGAUAUGCAGAGGAGGGCUGUGUGAAGUUGCUGGCUUCAAUUUGGCAAUUAGGAGGCUGGAAGAACGCAGCAGGCCAGGCAGCAUCUGACUACUCCUUUCCUCCAAUGUUUCAGGUAUUACCCUUCGGGCCUGGAGAAGGUUAACACCUGAAACAUUGACUACUCCUUUCCUCCAGAUGCUGCCUGACCUGAUGCCAUCUCCCAACCUCCUGUUUGUCUACUUUUGGAUUCCAGCAUCUGCAUUUUUUUGUGUAUGGUGUAUUUGGCAAUUAUUUGGUGAAACCAUUGUAUCUUUAUUUUGACAUCAACCUGUUACAAUUGACUGGAACACUUGACUGUUCUGUUGCUCUUUCCUCAAGCUAAAUUUGCCAUGACUUGAGGGUGGGGAUUUGGAUGUUGUCUAUGUGGACUUUAGUCAAGCAUUUGGUCAGGUGCCUCAUGGUAGGCUGAUCCAGAAGAUAAGUCAGAAGUUUACCAGGUGUUGCCUGUAUUGAACAGAUUGGGCAAAUUUGGAUUGUUUUUGCUAGAGCCUAAGAGGCUAAGAAGUGACCUGACAAAAGUCCAUGAAAUUGGGAGGCAUGGCUAGAGUUGUCGUUGGACUUCUCUAUCCCUUCUUUUUCUCCCCAACUGCCCUGCCUGGAGUGGUAAAGUCAGUUACUUGAUGGCAUAGGUUUAGGGUAUGGGGGUUGGGUGGGGGGAGAAGGUUAAAGGAAACUUAAAGGGGAGGUUUUUAGAUGGUGGUGGAAGCAAAUAUGAUAGCAGCAUUUAAGAGGCAUUUCAACAGACAUGAUCAGGCAGGCAGUAGAGCAAUACAGACCAUCUGUGGACAGAUGCUAUUAGUUUUAGAAUAGCAUCAUAGUUGGCAUAGACAUGGAGGAUUGAAAAGUCUGUUACUGUGCUGUGCUGUUUGUCCUUAAAGUCAAGGCAUGCACUUUUAACUUUAGUUCAGUCUCAAACUGCACUUUCUAUAAUGAUCAGUAUUUCCAGCCUUUCACAGACUCUGUUUCAAUGUUAUUUGUGCAAGCAGCCUGAUAAAAGCUCAGGUGCCUAUACCUACCCUGCAUUAAGUUGCUUUGUGUUUAUUGCUUUUAACACUCCAAACCAUGAAAUACAAAAUCUACAACCUCCUAAUCUUGCAAACCCUCACUUUCAAAUUAGUUUUUGCUUCCCUUUUUCCAUGCUAUUUCCUUUUGGAUGUGGUGUUUUUUCUUUUGAAAGUAUAUUUCAUUUUCAGGUAACCACGUAUGGAACAACUUGCACAUUGUGUAAAACUGAAUUCACCAAAUUGGGAAAUCCUGCAUUUGUAACUCUUUCAUUGCUGACUUCUUGGUCAGGAAGGGUUUUUGAUUCUCAGCUGGUACUCCAAUUCUACUGUCUUCGGAAGCAAAUCCAGGGCUUUGUGUACUAGUCAGGCUGUGAAGAAUUGUAUCAGUAGCCUUACACCAGCUGUUGUUGAAGAACAUGAAGCAAGACUGAUAUACUUACAAUGCUCUAGAGAAACUUAAGAAUCUCUUGGAUGUGGAAAGUACAGUGGAGUACGAGUAUAUCUAUCUACAAAUAAACAUUUUUAAAAAUCUGUACUUGGCAUUAAUAAAACAUACUUUUCAUUUUUGUAUAGACAUGAUCUAA